AUGCAUCUGGAAAUUGCGGCUGCUGUUGACUUCCUCAUGAAGGUUUUUAGCCUGAAGAAGACUCUGAAGUCAGAGCAGCUGGACUCCCUGGGAAAGAAUCUGGCCUGUUUACUGAAUGACCGGUAUCGGGGACAUUGGCACCCUGACAAGCCUGCCCAGGGCCAGGCCUAUAGGUGUAUUCGCAUUAAUUCCUGGCAAUAUGUGGAUGAGUCCCUGCUUCAGGCUUGCACGCACUGUGGUAUAGAAUACUCAAGACUUCCCCUCCCAGAUGAAAUUACUAUUUGGAUUGACCCAUUUGAAGUUUGUGGAAGGCUUGGAGAGCACACUGACUACUUCACAAUAGCUACAUUUCAACCAGUUACAAAUGAAGAGCCAGCUUCCCUCUCAGGUCUCUAUACAGAACGUGAAACAUCUGACUAUUCCUCAGAUGGACCAUCCUCUGAGUCUGUUUCUGAGAACUCAUCAGACGAUGAAACAUCAGGAGACAAACCUGAGAAGGUUGAAGUGGUGGUUCCACCCAACUGUGCUAGUCCUGAUGAAGCUAUUGACUCUCCUACAACUUCCACAGCUGGGACCCCAGUAAGUGAACUGUUGGCUGCAGACCAGGAGAUGGAUGGCACAGAUGCAAGUGAUGCCCAAGAGGCUACAUAUGUGUGA